AUGAAGGCCGCCGCCAUCGCCCUGUCCGUGGCCGCCGUCGCCGAGGCCACCUCGUUCAAGAUCGGCACCAUCCACGACAAGUCGGCGCCUAUCCUCUCAUCCACGCAUGCCGAGGUUAUCCCUAAUGCCUACAUCAUCAAGUUCAAGGAUCACGUCGAUGACUCCAAGGCAUCCGACCACCACUCGUGGCUGAAGAGCAUCCACGAGGAUGAGGAGAGCCGUCUCGAGCUCCGCAAGCGCGGCAUCAUUGACGACAUUGUCGCCACUGUGAAGCACGAGUACAAGAUUGGUGUCGAUGGAGCCAACGCUGCCUUCCGUGGCUAUGCCGGCACCUUCUCUGACAGUGCCAUCGAGCACAUCCGGAACCGCCGCGAUGUAAGUCCAACCUCGGUCGAGUACAUCGAGCGCGAUACCGUUGUCCACACCAUGCUUCCCCUCAACACUGAGGACGCCGUGACUGAGGAUACCUGCGAUGGCGAGACCGAGAAGCAGGCUCCCUGGGGUCUGGCUCGUGUGUCCCACCGCAAGACGCUCAACUUUGGCACCUUCAACAAGUACCUCUACGCUGCCGAGGGCGGCGAGGGCGUUGACGCCUACGUGAUUGACACUGGCUGCAACACCGAGCACGUCGACUUCGAGGGCCGCGCCAAGUGGGGUAAGACCAUUCCCAGCGGUGAUGCCGACGAGGACGGCAACGGCCAUGGCACUCACUGCUCCGGUACCAUUGCCGGCAAGAAGUACGGUGUUGCCAAGAAGGCCAGCAUCUACGCCGUCAAGGUCCUUCGCUCCAACGGCUCCGGCAGCAUGUCUGAUGUGGUUCGUGGCGUUGAGUACGCCGCCCAGAGCCACCUCGCCCAGGUCAAGGCUGCCAAGGACGGCAAGCGCAAGGGCUUCAAGGGCUCCGUCGCCAACAUGUCGCUGGGUGGUGGCAAGACCCAGGCCCUGGAUGCCGCCGUCAACGCCGCCGUCAAGUCUGGUAUUCACUUCGCCGUCGCCGCUGGCAACGACAACGCCGAUGCCUGCAACUACUCUCCCGCUGCCGCCACCGAGCCCGUGACGGUCGGUGCCUCUGCUCUCGAUGACAGCCGCGCCUACUUCUCCAACUACGGCAAGUGCACCGACAUCUUCGCCCCUGGCCUGAGCAUCCAGUCCACCUGGAUCGGCUCCAAGUACGCCGUCAACACCAUUUCGGGUACCUCCAUGGCCUCGCCCCACAUCUGCGGUCUCCUCGCCUACUACCUGUCCCUCCAGCCUGCCGGUGACUCUGAGUACUCUGUCGCCCCCAUCACGCCCAAGAAGCUCAAGGAGACUCUCAUCGAGAUCUCCACCGAGGGCGUCCUGAGCGACAUCCCCGCCGACACCCCCAACAAGCUUGCCUGGAACGGCGGUGGCUGCAACAACUUCUCCAAGAUCGUCUCCGCCGGAGGCUACAAGGCCGAGCGCACCGCGACCACCAUGGAGAAGCUUGAGAAGCUCGAGGAUGCCGCCAUUGAGGACAUCAUCAUCGUCAAGGGCAAGAUCGUCAAGGGCGCCUCCACUGGCCUGACCAAGGCCGAGAAGUUCGCCAAGAAGAUCCAGCACCUCGUCGAGGAGGAGGUCCAGGAGUUCAUGUCCGAGAUCGCCAUGUAA